AAGCCUAUUCAAUAUUUUAAUUUAAAAUAAAUACUAACAAUAUUAACAAUAACGCAAAUGAAAAAAGUAAUAUUUUUGAAACACGUUACUUCCGACCAUGAUGCAGUUCGCCGUCUCGUGCCACUAAGCAGCAGGAGUGCCAGGCUCUUAAUAUUUUAGAGGUCAGGCAACUGAUUCAAAUACUCUGUAGGUCGUUCAGUCGAGCUGCAACGUUACCAAGCGGGAAGGCUGAGAAAAACAUGGAGAUUGCUGGUGUAUCUCAAGCUUUUCUUUUAUCAACUUUAUUUCUACUGACUGGUUUCAUACAUGUUUGUGACUGCGCCAACUGCACUAACCCACAGGAACAAGUUGCUCGAUGUUUCACAGACAACCGCCUAACCUUCCCGGCGAACAUGGAGGUUGAUUCUGCCACGUCAUUGUCUUACGUCAACGAACAACUGUGUCGACAACCCGACGACGCUGCUAAAGCACUCAGCUGUUUUCUACAGUACGCAAUAGAUUGUACUAAUGCUUCUAUACCUAAUUUAGCCGGUUACCUCCCUUCUCCAAACAAGACAAAAGAAUUGGUUACCAUCACUUGCAGGAAUUUUACCCUGUUUAAUCAAACAUGCACCAACAGCCAAUCAUCGAAAAUCUCGUCAUGCGUACAGCCUAAGGUAGAAGAGAUAGCUAAAUCUUCUGGGUCGGACUAUGGAAAAAUAAUGUGCAAGAAAUAUGAAGCAACGUACUCGUGCAUGAGACCAACACUAGGGCUGUGCGGCUGUGCCACCUAUCAGGUUAUGGAGGAAACUAUCAAGGGUCCAUUGUGGCCAGCUUUGUGUUCCCAACCACAGUUUGACUCGUAUCACUGUGACCCUAAUAACCCGAAUGUAUUUUUAGACUCAGGGUCACAGAUGGUGCCAAGUCUUCUGCUCUUGCUCAUUAUAAUCCUAACAAUAUUGUUUUUUUAGAAUAGAUGUAUAUUUACACAUCCCACUUUAUCAUUUUUGAAGCAAGUAGUUUAGUUUUGAUAGCAUAUUUUUUUUGCCUUGUAUUAAUUAUAUUUUAUGACUAAUAUUCUUGCUGUUUUAGAAGGGAUACCUGUCUUCAUCAUUUCUCUAACAUAAAUUUACAUUCAGUAACUGUACAUUACUUUAUAUAUAUAUAUGUUUUAUUGUGUAUAACGUAAGUUAAUAAUGAGUUAAAAAAUCGUGUUGUAAAAUUCGUUAUCCACACUGGAGCUUUUGAGAUUGAAGUGAGAUGUUUUAAUUUUUUCUUUAUUUAAGCUUUUUUAAACAUAAAGGACCGUACAUUUUUCCAAAUCUGUCCUUUUAAGUUAUAUCCUAAUUAAUUACAAAACGUAUGUUCUUUUAAUAGAUAUUUUCAAUCACUUUACAAUACAUAGCUACAACUUACGAAAUAAAGCGUGUACUUUAAAAUUAAAGAAUAUAUAUACCACAAACGCACACACAGAAUUUACUAGCGUACAAAAUCUAAGGUAGAGCCUACUAGUAUCAUUGCACUCUACAUGGAGUUUACUCUGGUAUCA